AACGGACGAAAAUGUGUAUAAAAGGCGUUAACAGUCAGCGAUCUGAUAUCAGUUACUCUUCUCGAGUCUCCCAGGAAACAACAUGAAGUUCUUAAUCGCUUUCGCCUGCCUGUUGGCUGUGGCCUGCGCCAAUGAAAGUGCUGAUGUCCUUUCUGACGCAAGAAAGCUCGACAUCGAAAGCUUCGAAACUGCAUUUAAACUCUCGAACUCGAUUGAAUCAGAACAAAAGGGUAUUCUGGAUGGUCCAAACUGGAAGGUUACUGGACAAAAUAGCCAUGUCUCUCCCGAGGGUGAGAAAGUUUACGUUCAAUACGUCGCCGACGAAAAUGGCUACAGGCCUGUUGACGCUUAUCCCCCACUGCCAACCCCACCUCCAAUCCCAGAGGCAAUCCAGAGGGCCAUUGAUUAUAUCAAGGCCCAUCCGAUCCCUGAAAAUCAGAACUAAGUUUUUCUGUUUUGUUAAUAAAUGAAUAUUGAUAUUAUUGAACGAAAAUA